GCAAGCAAGGUGUCUGUAUCACAAAAAGCGGUCACCGAGCCCUCAGAAUACCACAGCCGGAUCUCCUUCAAUCAUCCACACGGAGCCCUUCUUCUUCAGCAAUACAAGACUUCUCUUCUUGCCUGCCUCCUUUGGGUAUAAUUUGUGCGAGCAAAAUUCUCAGCGUUUGAUUGAUUCUUUACCUUGAAUAGCAGUAGCAGCGGGAGGAAUCACACAAAUUAUAAUGACGGGAAGAGAGAUCUUGCACAAGAUGAAGGUUAAGGCUGGGUUUGGUUCAUCAACAUCAGAAACCGGAAAAGGCAAGAGCAAGAUAUCAGGCAAGGAUAUCAGACAUGGAUAUCACUUGGUGAAGGGGAAAUCAAGUCAUCCAAUGGAGGACUAUCUAGUGGCAGAAUUCAAAAAAGUGGGUGAUCAUGAGUUGGGUCUGUUUGCUAUUUUUGAUGGUCACUUGGGCCAUGAUGUUCCAAAUUACCUGCGCUCUCAUCUAUUUGAAAACAUCUUGAGAGAGCCUGAAUUUUGGAGUGACACAGAAGGUGCCAUUAGGAAAGCAUAUAAAAUAACUGACAGUAAAAUAUUGGAGAAAGCAGUUGAGCUGGGAAGAGGGGGUUCUACUGCAGUUACGGCUAUAUUGAUAGAUGGUGUGAAGCUUGUGGUAGCCAAUGUUGGAGAUUCACGAGCAGUGAUUUGCAAGAAUGCUGUUGCUAAACAACUUUCCAUUGAUCAUGAACCAAACAGGGAGCGUCAAGAUAUCGAGGGCAAGGGUGGUUUUGUGUCAAAUAUUCCUGGAGAUGUACCACGUGUGGAUGGGCAGCUGGCCGUGGCCAGAGCCUUUGGAGACCGCAGCUUGAAAGUACAUCUCAGUUCCGAGCCAGAUGUGGGGGAAGAGAUGAUAGAUGAUGGCACAGAGAUGCUAAUCCUUGCAAGCGAUGGUUUAUGGAAGGUGAUGUCCAACCAGGAGGCAGUGGAUGCGAUCAAAGAUAUAAAGGAUGCUCAGGCGGCAGCCAAACAUCUGACAGAGGCAGCUGUUGCCCGGAAGAGCUCAGAUGACAUCUCUUGUAUAGUUGUAAGGUUCAAUUAAACUCAUCUGGAGUUGAAUUUCUUGUUGACAUAUAUUUUAUAUGUGGGCUACCAGAUAAGGUUGUAACCUGAUUGCUUGAGAAUAUUCACGUUGAUAUCGAUCAUGUUUGCAGAAUACAAGACAUAAAUUGUAAAAAUAAACUAUCUAUUAGGAUUAUGCUAUGAUCUAAUGGCCAUAGCAUACAAUAAACUGCAAAAGUAAACAAUCUGCUAGUAUUGCAGAAUAUAAUGCUAAAGUGUGUUUUUUCU